CUAAUAACACCAUCAGCACGCACUCGUCAUGAGAAACUUUACUUUGAUUGUGAUCGUUAUUAUCUCCACAAAUCAAGUGGGCGGACAAUUAAUCCGCUAUACACUGUCAAGUACCUCCACUACCGCCCCGAAGGCGGACUGGCCUUUCUCCUUACCAGAGAAGGCUAUGAUGUGUGGAUGGGGAAUGCUCGUGGCAACAAACACUCAAAACAACAUUUAAUCUUAAAUCCGUCGGACGCCAUAUUCUGGGACUUCUCAUGGCAUGAAAUAGGUUACUAUGAUUUACCAGCGAUGAUCGAUUACGUCCUCGCAUCUAAAAAUACCUCAUCGUUAAAAUAUAUUGGGUAUUCUCAAGGUACCACUACAUUUUUUGUUAUGACAUCUGAGAGGCCGGAAUAUAACGAGAAAAUUUCUGCAAUGAUCGCGUUAUCUCCUGUAGCUUUUAUGACGAAAGUAAGGUCACCAAUCGUCAGACUAUUCACGCCGGGAACUCCGUUGAUUUAUUACAUAACCAAAAUUUUCGGGAUACGUGAGUUUCUACCGGACAACAACCUCAUUCGGAGUUUAAAGUUUCUUCUGUGUGGUACUCUGCCGUUGGCGGAAAUCUUGUGCAGUAAUGUGAUCUUCCUAUUUACCGGUUUUGGUUAUGAGCAAUUGAACGUGACCAAUCUUCCUGUACUAUACGGGCACAUGCCAGCCGGAGCGUCGGUUAAGCAGAUCGUGCACUUCGGCCAAGGAACAAUGUCUGGUGACUUCAAAAUGUUUGAUUACGGAUAUUUUAACUUAAAGCUGUACGGUAACAAAGAACCCCCACACUAUCGCUUGUACAAAGUUGUGACACCUGUGUAUCUCUUCUACAGCGACGAAGACUGGCUCGCUCACCCUGACGAUGUCGAGAAGCUGUAUUCCAGUUUAGGCAACGCAAAAGAAAUGUAUAAAGUUCCAUUUGAACCUUUUACUCAUGUAGAUUUCAUUUGGGGAAAAGACGUAAAGACGUUGAUUUACGAGAAGCUGAAAACUAUCUUAUUAUCACAUUAAAUUACUAUUGAUUAAACGCCACUUUGACGAAAGGAAA